UUCUUUUUAUUUUUUCAACCUCUGAGUGAUAACCAAACCAGGAGUGUAGUGUUGCGGCUGAGAAAAAAUGGCGAAGAAGAAAGCUAAGAACUCGCCCAAACAAAAGUCAGCCUCUUCUCGGCCUCCUGCUUCUGCAACUGCAAAGGCUCCUCAAAGAUCUUCCAACCAUAAAAUGGUGUUGAGGGUAAAAUCAAGUGAGGGGAUGAAGAGGCCGGCAAGGCUGACCCAAGUUAGUGAGGAGGAUAAGCGACCCAAGUCAGUAGCAAAGACGCCCAAAACAAAGCAGAAGAAGAAAAUUGAGAAAUUUGAUGCCAAGAAGCCAAAGAAACCACCUACUGCUUUCUUCUACUUCUUGGAGGAUUUUCGUAAGGAAUUCCAAGAGCAGAAUCCAGAUGUCAAGUCAAUGCGUGAUAUUGGCAAGGCAUGUGGAGAGAAGUGGAAAACAAUGACAUAUGAGGAAAAGGUUCAAUAUUAUGAUAUAGCUACUGAAAAACGAGCAGAGUUUGAUAGAGCCAUGAUAGAUUAUAUCAAGCGAAAGGAAAGUGGUGAAGAUCAAGAAACUGAUGAUUCAGAUUCAGAGUUUGAUGAGUAAGGCCGUAUGACUGUUGUUGGAAAAAUGAUGUUUUUAUAGGUGUAGGAGGUAGUUGGACAGGAAUUUGCAUGUAUAUUAAUUUGUGGUUCACUUGUGAUUUGUCAUCUUCAUUAAAACUAUCAAUGCCUGUAUUAUUUUUGUGUAGGCCUUUUGGAGUAAGCUACUGCUUGCAAUUGCAUUGGUUGAUAACAAAAUGUGUAUUUGACUAUGUAUAUAUUGUUGAAGUGAAAUGUCACUGGUUCAAUCCUUUGUUGGGA